AUGAAAAUAAUUAAACCGAAUUGGAUACAUGGUUCGGAGACACAAAUAUCAUCAUUGGACAUCCAUCCAGAUGGCUCAAAACUUGUAACAGGAGGUCAAUUAUCAAAAACGUAUUGUAUAUUGAUUUGGAAUUUACUGCCGAUUUGUGACGAAGACAAAGAACUCGAUCAGUUAACACCAAAACUAUUGUGUCGAAUUGAGUCACAGGCUUGCAUUCACUGUGUACGAUUUUCUCUUAAAGGACAUGUAUUAGCAGUAGCACAAGGAGAAACAGUGACAAUCUACCACAAAACUGGUACAAGUAUUGUUCAACAACCAACUACCGCGUCGGCAUUUAGUGCAAAUUUUCCAGAAAAAUGGUCCACUCGGGUAGUCCUACGUGAACAUAAAGCCGAAGUCUUGGAUCUCAGUUGGGCACCCGCCGAUCGUUACCUAGCCUCAUGUUCGGUUGAUAAUAAAAUUAUUGUUUAUGAUGGUAAAACGUUAACAAGUGUGAUAGCUAUAUUAGAAGGUCACACAGGAAUUGUCAAAGGCAUUGCAUGGGAUCCAACAUGUGUCUACUUAGCGUCACAAUGUGCUGAUUGUACAUUAAAAAUUUGGUCAACUCAAUCAUGGAAAGUAGAAAAAACAAUUGAUGAACCAUUUAUUGAAUGUGCUGAUUUCACACAGUAUCUUCGAUUAAGUUGGUCACCCGAUGGCCAAACAUUAACAACAGCUCAUGCUAAAAACGGUUGUUUUCCCGUUGCUAAAACAAUUGCCAGAAAAACAUGGCAAUUUAAAGAGGAUUUAGCUGGACACAAAAAAGAAGUUACCUGUGUUAGAUAUUUUCCAAGAAUAUUAGAAAUUAACGGGAAAAAACGGUGUUUAGUGGCUGUUGGUAGUCGUGAUCGUUCUGUUUCGUUAUGGUUAACAAGUCCCCGACAAGCGGUGUGUGGAUUACGAGAUUUAUUUUCAAAUUCUAUUGUGGAUAUGACUUGGGCUCUAAUACCAACUCGAAAGAACAUAUGUUUGGCAUUGUGCUCACUGGACGGAACCUGUUGUGUUAUUUUAUUUGAACAAAAUGAAUUAGGUAAACCAUUCGAGUAUGAGCAAAUGUGCGAGUUUUGGUCUCAGUACUAUAAAAUUCCCAGAGAUAGAUUCGAUCUAAGUUCAGGAAUGAAAAAGCCACAAAUUAUACAAUCUUCACCAAUCAAAAUACAGCAUCAAACAACAGUUAAUAAUAUUGUUCAAAAUCCUCGUCCUCCAUCUCCCAAACCAAAACUAACUAAUGGUCAUGUCUCUUCUUCAAAUGAUAUCCAAUCACAACCUGCUCAAUCCACAAGUGAUAAAGCGGUAACAGUUCAACCAACUCAGAUCGCUCCUUCUCCAUCAGUGCAACAACAAACCUCAGUACUGACGAGUGCCUCAACGACAACAGUGAUAACUUCAGUGCAUAUUGAUCAAAGUGAGCGACGUUUAACAGACGGACGACGAUGUAUUAAACCAUUUUGUGUUGCAACAGCUACAACAAAUGGAGAUGAAGAUAUGAUUACAUCAAGUGAUACUCAAGUAGUAUCGUCUAUGGCGUCGGUGAGUUCAUCGAAACCUCUUGUGUUGACUAAUGAUCCAUUUAAAACACCUCAUCAACAACAAGAAAAACGUAUUCCUCCCAUUCCGUGUGAUAAACGUUUAACUGUUUCAACAAUAACCACCACUGCACCUCCUCAUCCAUCAUUACUUUCUUCACCCUUAUCUCGUUCAACUAGCGCGUCUGUUAUAUUUCCAACUUUAAAACUACAAUCGAAUUUUCUAAAACUAUCGAACAAAAACGAAUAUCGUAUCGAAAACUAUCUUCAAAAGAAAUCCAUUCAUUUAUUAUCAUGUUAUUCUCAUGACAAUCAUCUAUUACUUUGGAAAAGUUCAUUUCAAUCACCAAUUCUAACUCUUAGUAUUUGUUCACAAAUUCUUUGUCUAUCCACAUAUGAAGAAUCUCAACAUUUGUACGAUUUAUAUGUAUUAACAACACAAAGCGGUCUAAGAUUAUAUUCAAAUAUUUGUCUAAUUCAACCGCUUGCAGGACUGUAUUGUUCGGAGAGUAAGAAUGAUCAAACGUGUACAAUAUCCGUUGUUUAUUCAAAUGGAACAUUGACAGUAUUUGAACUAUUGUUGACAACUACAGAAAUGAAGUGUGUAAUGAAUGAUUCUUAUAUUGGCCAUUUAGUAACAGCUAAUUCUAGCAUUGUCGAUAUAUUUACAUUCAAACAUUUAACAAAUAAAACAAUAUGUAUAAUCACAAGUAAUGGUCAUUUGUAUGCGUAUGAUUCGAAUUUAAAACAUUGGACAUGUCUCUACAAGAGACAAGAUAUUUUAUUUGAUUCUUCAUUACCAAAAUCAAUUGGACCAUUAGCUAAUUUAUCUUUCACCCAACAGUCAACUACCUCAACAACAACAACUAAUCAGGAUGAAGAAUUGUUGUAUUUAUCAAAUUAUCGUGAAUUAUUAUGCUCAAAUUACUUAGAAACAAUGAUAAAUCGUUCUAAUGUAUUGAAAUCUAGUCAAGAAUAUAGUUUUUGGUUAACAUCGCACAUUCGCUAUUUAGCAUCAUCAAAUUUAACCGAUCGUCUAAGAAAAAUCCAAGAUAGUCUAGAAAUCUUAUUCAAAUUCUAUAAUUCUGCAACAACAACAACAACAAAAUUAAAAGAUGAAAAUAAAAAAAUAAUUGAAGAAUGUGUACAAAUAUUAGAAACGUACCCAGAUACAAUCAAUUUGGCCACCCACUAUAAAGCACAACUGUAG